AUGACGAUCAUCGUGAGGUCAGAAAAGCUCGAUAACCUGGUGCCAUCGGCGAAGAAGAUGAAGAAACUCCAGAACAGACAGUCAAGAGCCAGCACAAGCUGGACCAAAGAUAUAUCUGCAAAGCUCGAGACCAAGGUUCAGAGCAAAAUUCGCGGAAGCAAGGAGAUAUCGAGUACCAUGGCUACCAAUGCUGCAAGACCUUCAACGGCGACUAGCUUGAGACCUAGAGUCCCGCCACUGCCUCCUUAUUCCCCUCUAGGAGGUUUGCAGGAGCUAUUCAAGGACGUUGGAGGAAUUUUUGGGCCCCAAAGAGAUCUGGAAGACGAAGAAGACGGAGAAGCUGAUAUUGCCUCGCCGGUGACUUUUACAUCUAGAUCGUACGCUGCUACCAUGGGUGACAGCGUCGACGAGAGAUUGUGUGAUGACGACAGCACCUUUUGCCAGUCCCCAGCUACAGUGACUACCAUAGAAACUGGGUUUGGAAGCUGUAUGCACAUAUCACACAGGGCAGCUCGCGAACAUACCCCUGAUGUUGGAGCGUCGGCCAUCCCUCCAUUAUCCGGUAACAAAUUUAUAAAAAAGCAGACGAUACCUCUCACUCUCGAUAGCAACAACCAUUCCUCGCCUGACCCCAGGUCACCAACAUCGGUUACGUGCUGUUCCGCAACGACUUGUACUUCAAUAUACCCUUGGUCCUCAGUCAGUUGCGCUGGUGAAGAAACACCACGGAAUCUCUCCCCAAAACUGACCGUGAAUGGACCCAUUUCACUGCUUGGAUCAGUAGACGCUAUGAUCUCCAAUGAUGAAUUCCGUCCGGUAAACCCCGGCGCUACUACUCUCAAAAGGAGAUUGACAAUACGUGAAUCGAAGAUGAAGGCCCUCCCCCCUUAUCCACCCCUGCCGGAGACAGUAGCCGCUCAGUCGCAGGAAACAGAACAGUCACUCGUGAAACGCUCCAAGAAGACCACCCGUUCUAGCUAUUCACCAAACGCGCUCUGUCUACCGCAAAGACCCCAGGAAAGUGAUUUCGAAAUGCUUAACAAUACAUUCCGGCAAUCUAAUUGUAAUUCAUUGUUUCCCUCUUUGGAAAAAGCAGCCGAAGACCUCGAGGCUCAUCUUUUAACGAUUCCUUCCACUAGAGGAACGCAGCCAAACUCACGAUCCCCUUCUCCAUCACCCUUUAAAGCCGUCAGCGACAGCGAGAGCCAGCUAGAGGCCACUACCCCUGAAACCCAGAACGACAAGUCUCCAAAAAUGGACUUAGCCCGAAGCAGCCUCGAUCGUCUUCGGGAGAGCAUAGCAUCAAAGCAAAAGGUCCCCCUCUCUCGCACAAAAAACCAGAAGUGUGCACACUCUGGCUUGAAGAGCAAAUGGACUCGCCUUUCCACAUUCUCUAAGCGAGGUGCGCUAGGGAAACCGAAGCUACAUUUAGACUUACCUCCUCUCAAGCUACCUCCAAUGCAGAAAAGCAGCCCAAUAGAAAAGCUAGAUUUCGGUCUGAACGUGGUUCUGGACCUUCCUGCAGGCUUUGCGGAGCUUGAUGCACAGCCUUCACCACGAGAAGAAAAUAACGCUGCCAAAACUAACAAGUCUGCGCCUAAGCCGUUGACUGAUAACAUAAUUCUCCAAAUUCUCAAAAAUGUGGGCUACUUUGAUGACUUGUUCAAUUUAGCAAUAUCAAGCCGAUCCUUUUACCAAGUUUUCAAACAACACGAGCUUGCCCUACUCCGAAAUACCCUGUCCCUUAUGUCGCUGCCAGCAUGGGAGCUGCGUGAAAUGAGCCCGCCAUGGGAUGAUGAUGGUGUCUCUCGCCUCGGUGUGAGCGUAAAAGACGAACCCAUCCCCGAAUAUACACCACGCCUUUAUCUCCAGCACUACUCUAGGGACCUUUACGCCAUGGUCGCUCUAAAGUCUAUGAUUCUUGUACACUGUGAGAGUUUCCUUCGGGUAGAAACCUCCCGUGCCUUGGCAGGCUUGGAUGAGCAACGCUCGGCGGAAAUGGAUGAUGCUUUCUGGCGUGUGUGGACGUUCUGCUCGCUUUUUGGUUGUGGGAAAGGAAGAGAAGGAGAUAUUGAAGCUCAGGUUGACUGGCUUAGAGGUGGAAUCCUCGCUGAGUCUGAUACCAAGCCGUCAGCAUCGAUAUUUAGCCCUAUGCCGUUUAUUAGCAAUCUCUUGCUUGACCCGCCACAAGGAUUUGCUAAAGGAAACAACGGAGGCUUAACAGCAGAGCAGCUAUGCGAUAUGUCCGAAAUUUGGACCUGUCUCGUCAACUUGCUCAGUGUUUUCCACGGAAAAUGCAAGGAAGCACGCAAAUAUGGCGUCUUUGACAAUAAAGAUGUAACUCCCAGUGAUGUUGCACAGGAGGAAGCCUUGCUCGAAAAUUGGACUCGAUACCUCCUAACAUUGGGGCCUUCUGUCGUCCUUGCUCUUAUUAGUUUUGCCCCUUCUACUCCAGUAGAGCAGAAGUUUGCCCGGGCCAAAUCUCUCGGUUGGACCCGUUGGGAAGCCCCUAUGAAAUCAGAGAACGAACCCGCCCGCCAGUUCUUCAAAGAAGCUGUCUCACGGGUUUGCCGAGAUCUUCCUUCCAGGCCAAUUUCCCUCUCCUCCUCCAAUCAAUCCUCUCUCUCCAUUAGAAUAUCUCCACAAAGCUCAAGAUCGAACCGAAGCAGCCAAUCGAGCAUCGGAAGCCUAAAUAGCGCUCGUCGCCAACGACAGGCCGGAUUUGCCGCUGAGCUACGCAAGAGAAAAGUAUCUCUCGAUACAGGAUUAGGCAUUGCCAAUGCUAUUCCUGACUGUGACGAGCGACCAACUCCAAUCUCAGAAGUCGUCAUUAAUAAAUUUAUCUCCUCCGAGUCUGGGACGCCGUAUCUCCACCCUAACCCCCGGAUUCCGGCAUCUUCUACCUCAAGCCCAAGAAAACACACCUCUUCUCCUUCAUUAUUCUCAUCACGACCAACCCCGUCACCUACAUUCCCGCCGGUAGAGGAGAAAAUCUCCCAAGGCCGCCAGCCAAUGCCCUCUACUAGUCGUCUAGCACUAUAUCAUUCCAAUUGUCAGGGUCCAGUAGUCCCAGAUCCAGCUGACUUGGCUCUGCAAAAGAUGGUGUAUGAGCUAGGAUUCAACGAAGAAGAUGCUAAAUGGGCUUUAAAACGAACCGAUACUGGCGAAGCAGUUGAUAUAAAUGCUGCGGUUCACCUCUUACUCGUUAAAUCCUGCAAAAUCAACCCUUCGUCUGUAGAAAUGGGCCUUCGACAGCGCGAAUCAAACAUUCCUCAGACGAGGUCGUAUGAGGUCUACAGACCUACCUGGAGGUGGGCAUGA